AGUCUCUUUGUGUGUGUUUGUUGCGAUACAUCGAUGGAAGUAAAUUUUCUAGUUAGCUAGCUAAGAUGGCGGAAGAACAGCAGGAAAAAUCACAGGGAGACAUCGAGGCAGGAGUGAACUGCCUUGCUUAUGACGAAGCCAUCAUUGCUCAACAGGACAGAAUUCAACAGGAGAUCGCCACCAGUAACCCUUUAGUGUCAGACAGACAGGAGCUGUCAGUGCUGCAAAGAGAGUAUGCCCAGGACGACAGCAUCUAUCAGCUUAAGAUCAAGGAUUUACACAAAAAAUAUUCCUACAUUCGCAAGACGCGUCCAGAUGGAAACUGUUUCUACAGAGCGUUUGGCUUCUCGCAUCUCGAAUCACUUCUGGAUGACAGUAAAGAACUGCAGAGGUUUAAGGCUGUGGCAGCAAAAAGCAAACUGGAUCUGGUGAACGAGGGUUUCACAGAGUUCACCAUUGAAGACUUUCACAAUACAUUCAUGGACCUGAUCGAGUUGUGUGAGAAGCAGCCAGGGCUGACGGAGCUGCUGGGCUCCUUCAACGACCAGAACGUGUCGGACUACGUGGUGGUGUACCUGCGGCUGCUCACCUCAGGGUACCUGCAGAGAGAGCACGGCUUCUUCCAGCACUUCAUCGAGGGAGGACGCUCCGUCAAGGAGUUUUGUCAGCAGGAAGUGGAGCCCAUGUCUAAAGAGAGCGACCACAUCCACAUCAUCGCCUUAGCUCAGGCCCUCAACGUGUCCAUCCUGGUGGAGUACAUGGACAGAGGUGAGGGUGGGACAGUCAACCACCACGUAUUUCCAGAGGGCAGCGAGCCUCGCGUUUUCCUUCUUUACAGACCCGGCCACUAUGACAUCCUGUACAAAUAGGAUCUUGCUUUCUUCUCUCCCCCUCCCCUCACCUUCCCACUGUGUAGGCAGUGGGGAACAUACCGCCAUGUUGACGUAAACGUUACUGUACUAUGAAUAAAGUAUGGCAUCUGAGGAUUAAGAUGAUCAGUCACAUUACAGUCACCUUCUACCCUUCACUCCAAUCUUCCUCCAUCACAGAACAUACAUGAAUAAAAAACAAAAAGACAAAGUGACUCCAGGCAUUUAGAGUUGUACAGUUUUUCUUUUGUGGUUGUACAUGUUAUCAACUUGCUUUUUGUUGGUUUCUUUCCUUUGUUACACUGCGUUUUAUUAAAGGGAUUUACAUGUUA